UUUCAGGAACUGUGAAUUCAGUUAGUCAGUUGUCAACAGGCUGAGCGAGGAAACCAAGCGUAGAAACAGCCUCGUACGUGGAGCUGAUAACACGCCGUUACGUUACCGUGUCGUUAAGAACCCGUCUUCGUUUACCGGACGGUCAGUCCUGUCGGCCCGCACACAGCAAAAAUGAAGUCUCCCGGACACGACGCCCCUCUGAUCACGAUGUGCAUGUGAAACUCGACCCUGCAGUACUUUGCCAAAGGCAGAUGCAAGUCCCAGGCUGGAUUGAAUGGCACUGAUGCUACGAGACUGUGACUCAGCAGGAGCACUGCGAUGACCAGCCGGCAUAAUAGCCAUGCAGAGAGAGCUCACUCCACAGCCCCACGGCCGGCUGGCGUGGCCCCCAAGCUCCAAGUCCAGCGCUCGCUGUCUAAGGAGACCAUCACAAUCCACUUCUCAGCUCUUGGCAAGGAGGAAGAGGAGGAGGAAGAAGAACUAUAUGGGACAAAUGUCUCAACUACCUCUGCUGCUCAGGAUGACUCAAAUGUUGUGACAGCCUUAGAGGCAAGUGAGGAAAUGUUUGAAGGAGUGUCGUCAGAUUCUACAGCUGAGGUUCCCAUGGUUCCUCCAUCAUCCAGACUUUCUGCAGUUCCUGGACAUCAGAAUAACAGUUCUCCCGCACAAAGUCCAUCGUUGCCUCCUGCUGAGCAGAAAAGUGUAAAUUCAUCUCCCACUAAAUCUUUGAGUUUUCCCUCCAGUGACAAACCCUUCCUCAGCUUGGUGAAGUCUCUCUCUUCUGAUAUUGAGCCUCGUGAUGGUGUCUCUCCUGUUGCCCAUCCUUCAGUAAGGCAUAGGCAUCUGAUGAAGACCCUGGUCAAAUCCUUAUCUUCGGAUACCUCCCAGGACUCAUCAUCCUCUUCAUCGUCACCCUAUCGUCUCCCAGAAUCCCGCCUCAAUCUUCAAGUCUUCAAGCAAUUUACACAAUCUCGGAUGUCUGCUGCUACCAUGUCAUCUGCCAGUGAUUCUAAAACUGCCCCUUCCUCUCCACUAACCUCCCCAGAUAGCCGUAGCUUCUUCAAGGUCUCAGAAGUUGAGGCACGUAUUGAGGACACUAAGCGGCGUCUUUCUGAGGUCAUCUAUGAGCCGCUUCAGCUGCUGAGUAAGAUCAUGGACGAAAAGAGUGGCAGUGUAGUUAACAGCAGCAGCAUUUACCGGCCCAAGGCCCUCUCUGCCAGUGCCUCAGAACUCUCUAACAUGGCCUCCAUUAACGGCCACCUUGAGAGCAACAACAACUACUCCAUCAAGGAGGAGGAAGGAGGUGAUUGGGAGGAUGAGGGCCUCAAUAGUGGGGCCUCCAGUCAGGUUGAAUCACCUGCCCUCAACUCUACUGACAUUAAAAGCCCCAACAGAUCUUUAGGUUCCAUGUCAUUGGACAAGUGUUCUAUGUCUGCUUUAGCCAAACAGGAGGAUGAGGACUUUUGCAUCCUGUACAGUGAUGACUUUGAGACUUGUAUUGAAACAGACGGUGAUGGUGGUGAUAGAACUGACAAUACUGUAAGUGGUAGUCGAACUAAAGUGCCACUGAGUGGUAGUACUGAACCAUACAGUGAAGAUGAAUCAGAGAGUAUCGAGCUGGCACCCAGUAUUCCACAUUAUACUCUUGUGAUCCUAACUGCAUUGGUAUAUGGGUACUUUGUGCUACCAUUGCCAACUUACAUUGGAGGAAUGAUGCUUGGGAUUGGGCUGGGAUUCCUUUUAGCCAUAGCUGUGGUGUGGUUGGCAGGACCAAAACCUUCUGGCCAUAGUUUGAGACAUUCCAGGCGUCAUGGGAAGAUGUGGAACUUGUCCCAGUUGGACAUUAAGGAGCCAGAAAUCUUUAAGGGGUGGAUGAAUGAGAUAGCGAACUAUGACCCAGAGACGUACCAUGCCACGCUGACACACACUGUCUAUGUUCGCCUGGAGGGCUCCAUCCUUCGUCUGUCCAAACCCAACCGCAACAUUGCCCGCCGUGCUGCACACAAUGAGCCCAAAGCUGAUGUCACCUACAUCAGUCAGAAGAUCUAUGACCUUACCGACAGCAAAGUAUAUCUAGUGCCUCAGAGCCUGGCCAGGAAGCGUAUAUGGAACAAAAAAUACCCUAUAUGCAUUGAACUUGGCAAACAGGACGACUUCAUGUCCAAGGCUGAGGCUGACCGGCUGGAAACCACAGAGGGCCGGACAGCCGCUACCACAGUCAAAGGGGAUGGAUGGGAAGGGGCUGGGGGAGCACAGGAGCGAGGUUGGUCAUCAUCUUCCAGUAGAGACCUGACCCUCUAUCUGUUUGGGAGGACUGGGAGGGAGAAGGAAGAGUGGUUCCGGCGGAUUCUGCUAGCCUCCAAGCUGAAGAUGGAUUUGAAGAAAGCUGCCAGUGCUGUGGGAAGUAAAAAUGCCCUAAACACUCACAGUCGCAGCAGCAGCCGCGGCAGUCUGGACGAGGCACUAGCAUGUCAGCCCAGGUCAAAGGACUCCUCAGUCUCCUCAGUGGCAGCAGGCAGCACCAGAACCAAGCCCCUGCUGGACUACAGUGUCUACAUGGCCACUCUGGUGCCAAAGCAGGCGGUCAGCCCCACUGCUGCCAGCCCAGUCCUCCAGAGUCCACAGAGCAGCCCUGGGGCCAACAAGAAGCUCACCAGCAGCCCCGUGGUGCAGCCCAGGGAGGAGGAGUCAGUUGCCUGGGUGAAUGCGGCUGUGGGUCGGGUGUUCUGGGACUUCCUGAAAGAGCCCUACUGGGCUGAACUGGUCUCCAAGAAGAUACAGAUGAAGCUCAGCAAGAUCCGGUUGCCUUACUUCAUGAAUGAGCUGACACUGACAGAACUGGAUAUGGGUGUGGCCACUCCCACAAUCCUCGGGGCCUCCGAACCUUCCAUUGACCAUCAAGGUCUGUGGUUUGACCUCGAGAUUUCCUACAGCGGCUCCUUCCUGAUGACUCUGGAAACCAAGAUGAACCUCAUCCGCUUGGGCAAGGAGGGCGAGGGCUUCCGCAUAGGAGACAUCGGCAAAGAAGGAUACAGGCCACGGUCCUACUGCCUGGCCGAUAGUGACGAGGAGUCAUCCAGCGCGGGCUCAUCAGACGAGGAGGACACCUCAGAGCUCACAAAUGACUCUCCUGGAGCAGAGGGCUUGGUUGGGGGCCACAAACCCAGCAAGAUCAUGCGGUUUGUGGACAAGAUCACCAAGUCCAAAUACUUCCAGAAGGCCACAGAGACAGAGUUCAUCAAAAAGAAGAUGGAGGAAGUGUCCAACACACCCCUCUUGCUCACAGUGGAGGUCCAGGAGCUGCAAGGGACGCUGGCUGUCAACAUUCCCCCUCCCCCCACCGACAGGAUAUGGUAUGGCUUUAGGACUCCGCCUCACCUGGAACUGAAGGCACGACCUAAACUGGGAGAACGAGAAGUGACUCUGGCUCACGUCACAGACUGGAUAGAGAAAAAACUGGACCAGGAAUUCCAGAAAGUCUUUGUAAUGCCAAACAUGGAUGACGUGUGGCUGACCAUCAUGCAUUCGGCCAUGGACCCGCGCACUGCCGGAGGACCCUUGACUGGCUCCUUAGAUGAGCCGGAGCCUUCCCAGCAGGAGAGGGGUGCCACCAGCCAGCCGUGAAGAAUUGUUUACAGUAUUUCUUAGAGCUUGUGAAGUCUCAAAACGGGGACUGGAGCCAAAGCCGAUGGGUCAGACGCUACCAUAAUGCAAACACAUUCCCAUAGCAAGAGAGGUAUCUCAGUUGCCAUAGUGGAGGCCAUAUGAAUUUUAAAGGAGAAAGGUAGCGUUAACCAAGGAAACACUAAAGACAAACUGUUGCUUGCUGCUCUGUUCAGUACUUUUUUAUCACAUCAGAUUAAAAGAUUUUUCUUUAAAGGAGUCAUAUAACUGUAACAGCCUUUUUACUAGGGACAAAUACACUUGACCUAGAAUGGAGGGUGGGUAUGAGGAUAUAUAUAUAUAGAAACUGCAUAAUGUCCUAUGAACAUAUUAAUAUGGAAGCAUUCACCAGUUACCUUACAGCUUGCAGAAAUCAGAGUUUCUGUUGAGCUUGCAAGAAAUAAGUAGAGAAUGAGAUGAAACAGCACGUAGACUGGCACACUUAUCUGACAAACGAGUGAUUGGCAGCCUGCACUGUUGUAGCAGAAUGUCAUGGGGAUAGUGAAGUCUUCUUUUAUUAUAGAAAUGCUGUGAAUUGAGAGUUUUGGUAGUAUGUUGAAAUUAGGGGUGUAUCUUAGCAAUUGGCUGACUGGCGUGCGUGUGUGUAGAAGGAGUUAGUAUUCUAAAGAACUAGGUUCCGUUUAAGUGUAAUAGAAAAGUGUAUUUGGAAAAGCUCAGAUACUUGAUGCUAUUUGCCAUAUGAAACACAACACUUGCAGAUGACAUUGUUGGCGGUCUGUGAUCAGGUGUAAACUAACAGUAUUCACUUGCGCUGGGACCACACACCCUAAACCCUGUGACUUGCUAAGACCCGCCUUUUCAUGCCAGUGACAACCUUAUCCAUGUCUGUGUGGAGGGACGCUGGAAGCCAAGGCUAAAGAAUAUACCUAUUUUAUCUAGGCUAAGUGUCUUCAGUUCACCAUGUAAAUUCCAUGCUAAUUACAAUAACAUGGACACAAUAAGUGCAAUGAUAGAAGUGCUAUAUAGGUGGUAGCGUGGUCUUGUAAAGACACUAUAUUGAAAUAUAUAAAUAUAUAUCUAAGAAGAAAUAUGUUUGACGCCUCUAACACCUCUGUUGAAUGUAUGGAUGGAUGUUUUUGGUCCAUUUUUUACGUAUGAAAACAGUUUUUACCCAGCCACCUUUUGACUGGGGUAUGCAAAUUAUUGCACAGACACAAAUGAAAGAAGUUUUUGUUUUUGGUUUGAUUUCUUGUAAUAAACACUAUCUCAUCUAACAGGUAUGUUUUGCAGAUGUGCUAUUCAAUCAUUGUUUUGGCUCUAUUUGUGGAGUACCAGGUGGUGUAUUUAUUUAUGCAUCAGUCUCCGAUGCUCAUGAAUAAUGUAGGCUGUCAAUUUUAAUGACCAAUUUGAAUAUUUGUCAAAGCUUUGAAAGGAGUCUACUGUAACACUUAAAUGUGAUUUAACGACACUUAGAUGAAGUUAUGGUACAUAAUGUGUAGUUCAUCACCAAAAAUGCUUUGGCCCAUCAAGUGGUUCUUUACUGAGAAUAGCUUUUAGCUGUACCAUAUUUAUAAUUCUAACCAAAAUCUUUGGACAAGGCCUAAAGUGCCGGAUCUCUCUCUCUCUGCUUUAAAGUACAUAUCCCAUAUUGAAAGCCUUGUGAGAUAUUUUUUUGCAAAUGCACAAUAUCUGCAGUGGCAUUGUUUACAGGAAUUCAUAUGUUGUUUUCAUUUACUGCUUUCUUCUUAGGAAACUAAAGCACUGUAAGGCACCACUGAUUUAUCUCAAUGCUUAUCUUUCCUUUUUCACCCAGGUUCUUUGGUUUCUUUUAGUAUUUCUUUGUGAAAGACUACAUCAGGUGGAUUAAGGAUGUGUUUUUGUCUGCUUCUCUGGAAUAAACAGAAAUGAAAUAAGAUUUUUGAGGAUAUAUGAAGAUCAUGUUGUGAUUUGUAUUUGUGAAAUGUCGAUGAUUUUUUUAAUAUUGCCAUGUAAUUUUAAGGCCAAAUCCAGUGAUUAUGUAUAUCUGCCUCUUAUUUAUAGAGCAAAAUAAAUCUGUUUAAUAAAUCUGUUUUUGCUUUUGCAAAUGUUUAUUUCAUAGGCCUUUUUCUCUCAUGGAGACAAAUCUCUUAUACAUUUUGUAUUCUGAAUUGUAAUGCAAAAAUGUGGUACAAAUGGAUUUAAAAAAAAAAAAAAAACUUGCUUGCUUUAUAAUUAUUUG